UAUUCAACGGGUUCGGUGUUGUGAAAGUCUAUCAGAUAUCACAGCGCCGCCAUCGCUCGUCGUUGAUAGAGCGUUUUGGCCGUUCACCGACGCUUGUGAUUUCAACACUUGGUGACUUGGUCAUCGCAAUGGGUGACCGCUACAACAUCCACAGUCAGUUGGAGCAUCUGCAGUCCAAGUACAUCGGCACGGGCCACGCGGACACCGGGCGCUACGAGUGGCUGGUGAACCAGCACCGCGACAGCUACGCAUCGUACAUGGGACACUUUGACAUCCUCAACUUCUUCGCCGUGUGCGAAAACGAAGCCAAAGCCCGCGUCCGCUUCAACCUCAUGGAGAAGAUGCUCCAGCCUUGCGGACCACCGCCCGAAAAAGCCGAGGACUGAGGCGUGCUACACGAACUGUGAGACAUCGGAGAAAUCACCACUUCAUCAUAAGCCAUGCCACACCAUCCACAGUGUUAGCGGCAACACGAUAGUCUGCAGUAGACCCUUGCGCAGAAUAAACGAGUUCUUUCACAGAAA